GCCUGGUUAUCGGCAGGUGCGAGUGCGCUCAGCGUGACCUGCAGAGUCCAUGGACUACGCUAUGUCUAAAGUGGGACUGAAGGUACUGUACGCUCUCAGCCCCAUUUGAGAUCCCUGUCGUGAUAGCUGCAGCCUACCCUACCCCUGGUUCACCAAGCGUAAGCAUUAACGCUCACCCACUCUGCCCCGGCAAAUGCAGCCUGCACAUGGAAUGCAUCCUAAGAUGGGUUAUCACAAAUUUCAGGCUAAGCGCAGUUGUACCUUUUCUGAUGCCACUCAUAUAUAAUAUAGCAUUCCUCUUGCAGUGGUACCCCAUCACCUCAGCCCAACCAGGCAACUGCUCAAGAUGUUCCAGGCUAUCCCUCAGAUCUACACAGUACCUCAAUCCUAUUCGUCCCCUCCGACUGAUAAUCUGCUAUCUCUUCCUCCGAACACAACAGUCCCUCUCGGUCCCGAUGGGAAACCCAAGCCUAGAAAGAUGAGGGCCUCUUGCGAUGCCUGCUCGCACGCGAAGGUCAAGUGCGACAAGGUCCGGCCUACUUGUCAACGCUGCGGAAACAUGAGCCUCUGUUGCAACUACUCUCCGUCGAUGAGACUAGGCAAGCCGCGAAAGAACAGGAACCCUGACGGUAGCAUCAUUCGCGACAUUCGAAGAUCCAGUUCCUGUGGACCAUUUGGGUCAAGGCCCGAUAUCGCCCCUCGACUUGCCUCAGACACAGUCGAGAGCUCACCGGAACCUACAGACUCAUUCUAUCUCCGUCCAGCAACACCAAACUUCCAGUUUCAGGGUCCGCUCACGAACAACUUUGAUGGAAAUCAGUCCCCGCCAUACUCAGAAGCCAGCUGGUCCAAUGAGGAAACGAUGGCAUUUCAGACAUCGAGAGAUAUGAUGCUGCCCAUGACUCAGUUCGCACCUCUCUCGCCAUAUAAUGGUAUCGGACAUGUCCGCUCCGCAAGCCUGCAAAGUCAGCCAGACUAUCUCGCCCCCAUGGACAACGGCAUGAUCUCGCCACCGGUGGCUAGCCCGCUUCUCUUUGGUCUGCAAGAUCAGCAGAGCCUUCCUAUAUUUGAACCUGAGACGUUUACACUGUCUCCACCUUUGAUGGCGGCGCCCCAGCCUAGCCCUGCUUCAGCUGCACCUGUCCCGAGCCACGACUGCACACAGUUCGCGUUCCAGAUUCUCAAUAGUCUUUACUCGCCGCCAUCGUCUCAGCCUACUUUUGAAGAUUUCAAUGGCGGUGCUGACGGUCUCCCUACUCUUGACUCUGUCCUGUCAGCUAGCAAGGCUGCUGUUGAGAGUCUCCCAGCCCUGCUCGGCUGUCCUUGUUCGGCGAACCCGCACUUCUCCACAACAAUCGCCUUCUCUAUCACCAAGAUCUUAUCGUGGUACCAAGCCAUUGCUGGUGUCGUCCAAGACAUUGUCUCUCCCAUCAACACUCGCAUGGAGGCGUUCACGCACACCCCGAUUCUUCUGGGAGACUUCAAGCUUGAGAUCGAGGACGAGGAAACUUUCCGAACACAGAUCAUCUUGGGAGAGCUGCGCAAGGUCGAGAAGCUAAUUGACAUGUUCUCCGAGUGCUACUGCAAGGCCUCGAGCGAAAGUGCAGAAUCUGGCGUCUACACAUCUUUGGAAUCCCUGCUCCGCACCCGCGUUAGAGACACCUUCAAAGUGACCAUGCGCACUGCACCCCUCGAUGUGAAGCGCCAGGUUGCUUCUCGCACCCAAAGCCGUACCUGCGUUAACACUUUGUGAACUCUCUUUUGUCAACCUGCUGCAUUUCAGCGCUUCGAUACCCUCGCUUGAUAUGUUCUUCUCUUACUGCAUAUUCUUUCCUUCACACACGAUUGAGCAGUGUCGCUCUCGUUGCAUUGUAGAUCUGAUUUUUGCACGCACUUUCAGAGUAGCUGCUCGGAGGCUUGAAGUUCCCUAUACCUUUGUUUUCGAUUCAUUGUCAAUCAUGUCCGGCGUCUGGGUACGAUUCGAUCGACUAUGUGUAUAUACGACCAUGAAAGCAAGUUGCGCCACCUCAAAAUCUUCGGUAGUUGCCAAUGGAACCAAGUCAUCGCAUUCAC